GUCAUAACGGGCGUAACCGCCGCGGGGUAUCUCGCUGCUUGAGAAGCGAUCGAACAACAACUGUGUGAACAGCGCAACGGGAUCAUCAUGGAUCGAGGCUACAGUUCAGGUUACAGUUGGGGAGGUGGAGGGUCUGGCAGCAGAGGUAAGGAACUGUGUUCUAGUGGCUUCGACAUGUACGGUGGAGGUUACAAGGACUCAAUGUCCGGGCUCGGGGGCUAUGGAGGAGGAGGCGGCGGCGGCAGCGGCCAAAUGAAGAGGAGUCUAUCUGGAGCGUCCAUGCUCUCCAGUUCGGGCACACAUGCAGAUGCAGUCAUUGCCAAGAUCAACCAGCGACUGGACAUGCUCACUCAGUUGGAGGGGGGAUUGAAAGGGACCCGGAGUGACAGGUUUGACCAGUACGAGUCUUUCGACUCGCGCACUUCCUCCCUCGCCUCCUCCCGAGAUCUCUACAGAUCUGGCGGCAGUAGCUAUGGCUAUGAUGGUGGCCGUGGGGACAAUCUGCUGCUGGGUCAGCGAGCAGGCUCUGGCUUCGGUGGGGGAAUGGGGCUAGGAGGAGCAGGAGGAGGAGGCGGAGGCUUUGACAGCCCGUCCUCUUCCUAUGGAGUUGCUAAAAUGCGACAGAAUAUGAGGGAUUCCUUCACCAGUAGCCAGGGAGGAGUUUCUGAUGGUGGAGCAUGGGGAGUAUGGGGAGGAGCAGGCCGACGUUCCCCCAGAAGGGGUGGAAGUGCCGGGGGUCGAGGAGCUGGCGGAGGUUUUGGAAAUCUCAGGCCUGAUUCCACUCCAUUAGUCGGUGGGAGGGGAAGUGGCAGUGGUGGCCAGUCCCACCGUGGCCACUCUCCAGGAGGUGGUAGAGGCAAGCUCCCAUCCCUCCUGUCCAACCGCAUGUACCCUGAGAGCGGGGGCUUCUAUCAGGGUUCCGCUCAAGGGCCUCACGACUUUCCUGGGAGGCACUUUGGAGGGGGCCCACGUGCUGGCCGCCAGCGAGGCCGCAAGAGACCCCUCAACAAACAGCAACAUCAGCAGCAGCAACAACAACAACAGCAGCAGGUGAAGCCACAACGUCCAGAUGUCCAGAAAAAGAGAAAACAGAUGGUCACUCCAGCCGAUGAACCUGAGUCCAAGAUCAAUAAGACGGAGAGUGCAGGGACAGAGGUUAACCAAGAGCCAGCUGAGAAAAAUGGUAGUGCCAGUGAACCAAAGACUGCAGCUGAGGUUCCUGUCUUACAGGCAACAAAACCUGCUGGAGACACAGAGGGAGACAAAACUGCAACCAAGCAAGAGGAGAAGAAAAAGCCACAGGGAAAACAGAGCCCAGUACAAGCUCAGGACAAGCACCCCAAAAUGAGAAAGAGACGGGGCUUCCUGGAAAGGGUGAUGUUUGCCUGCUCGGUUUGCAAGUUCCGCUCCUUCUACAAGGAGGACAUGGAAACUCAUCUUGACAGUCGCUUCCACAAAGACCACUUCAAGUUCCUCUCCGGCCAACUGUCCAAGCCCACAACAGACUUCCUAGAGGAGUAUUUGCAGAACAAGUUUACGAAGACAGACCAGAGGAUCAGCCAGGUAGAGAACCACAGCGCUGCCAUCUGCCAGGUUUACAAAGAGCAGGACCUCACCAGAGAACUUGGAAUGGAGCACUUCAUGAGGAAGGUGGAAGCUGCUCACUGUGCAGCAUGUGAUCUCUUCAUUCCCAUGCAGCAGCACCUGAUACAGAAACACGUCAAGUCUGCUGACCACAACUACAACCGCAAGGGGAUGAUGGAGCAGUCUAAGAGGGGCAGCCUGUCUGUCGCUCGGAGCAUCCUGAACCACAAACUAAUUGGCAAGAAGCUGGAGAGUUACCUCAAGGGGGAAAACCCGUUCACUGGUAACCAGGAUGACCAGGAUCCAGAUGACUCCAUGGCGAUGGACGUGUCCGAGCUGGACUUAACCAGCGAGACAGCCGAUGGUCAGACGGCUGAUGAGCAGACAGCUGAUGAGCAGACGGCAGACAGUCAGGCAGCUGCUGAUAAGACAGCUGAUGAUAAAGCAGCCGAUGAUCAGACAGCCGACAGUAAAGCAGCCGAUAGUCAGGAGGCGGAUGCUCAAGCAGCUGAUGGUCAGACGGCUGGUGUUCAGACGGAGGAGCCGGCAAAAGGAGACGCAGGCAAAGAGGCGGUCAAGGCUGAAGCAGUAACUGAAGCAGCAAAGGAAGAAAAGAUGGAGGAAGACCUAGGAAUGGGAGGAGAAGAAGGGGAGCAGGAAAACCAGGAAGAAGAGGAUGGUUUCGAAGUGGGAGAAGACGACGAGGGGGAGGAGGGAUAUGUGGUUCACGACGAGAUUGGCGAAGAGGCAUUACUGGGCGAGGAUGAGGAUGAAGGAGUGGAAGCAGCUGAAGUUGAGGAGGAAGAGAAUCACAAAUGACUUUUACACCCUGGGUUUGACCUCAACCUAAAACAUCUGUCUGGACCAGUCAGUGACCCCUCAACCCUUGCCUCCUAAUUUCAUUGUCAGGCUUAUUAACAAAUACACAAUUGAACCGGCUCCCUCCAUUUCUUUCUAUAAUGACUUUUUUUUGUUAAAGGAACAGUUCGACAUUUGGGGAAAUAGUUUUAUUUUUUUGCAGUUUUUAGAUAACAAGAUCACCUUUAACUAAAUCUGCCUUCUGCAGUUUCUCCACAUUUCCCCCGGAGGAGGUGCAAUCUGUGAACACAAAUGUCAGAGUGAGACGCUGGGCAGUUUCUGUGGACUUUAUCCGAUAGAUGGACUCAAAGAUGAAAGAAGACAAUUAUCUCCCGUUGACAACACGGUGACACACACAGAAGACACCGAUGAAUGUGUUAAGAGAGUUUAAUGGUGAUGAGAGCUGUUGACAGUGGCCGGCAGCCAUAAACAAAAUGACGUGGUCCUGGCAGCAGAGUUAAUACGUCACUUCCUGCCUCUGUCUGCUGCACCCGGCUGAUCCACCUCCUGCCUGAAUAACGCAGAGGAUUUGUUGCUGGUGUAAAUGCAUCUAUGGAGAGAACCUCCCGCUGUGUUGUGCAUGUGCUCAUUAAACUCUGGGUCAACACUAAAACCAAUUCUACGGAUUUUACCCGGAGGUCAUCUCUGGAAAACGGCUCAUGUUGGUGUUCCUCUAUUUAUUAGCUUAGACUGUGGAUCUCCAAAGCUUCCUGAAGAAUGCUCAUAAUAAUAUUAAAUAUCUCCACUGCGUCGGUUUGCACCGUUUAUCAUUUGUUUUAACAAGAAACAGAAUAAUUGUAUUUCCUAGAAUGUUUAACUGUUCCUCUCAAUAGUUUUUUCUUGUGCCUCCUAAAUUUUGGAUUCAUUUGUUUAGAAUUUGUCAUGAGUAUUGUAAAGUUGAGACAUGAUGUACUUUGUUUUUUCUUCUGAUCAGAGGUGACACAAUGUCGCAGCUUCUUGCUUAUUAUCAGUAUUCAUGAUGAGUGGAUGUUUGUGCUCAGUUUUACUUAAAUCUAGAACAUUGUGGGGUUUUUCCUCCUGCAGCUGAAGUGACUGAGAUGUGACCGUGAGCUCUACUGUUUGUAGAGUUGAUGGGAUAUUUUGUCGCGUCCUCUUUAAUGGUUUUGUGUCACUCUGAAUAAGAAAUAAACUUGAAGAAAACA